CGUUCUCUUACAAAAUCCUAAGUCAUCAACAAAAUCUAUCUCCUUUCAAAUAUAAUUUCUUCGUAGAUUGCUUUAAAAUGAAUUGGUGCAUCUUCAACAGCGAAGAAAUGGGCAGCAGCACUCUAGUCUGUGUCAGACGAGUGAAGCAAGAGGCUCCUGAAGAGUGGGAUGAGAGCAUGCCAUUGCCUGGAGAUAUCAUUGAAGGGUUUGUUGAGGAUGAUGGCGAUGGGUUAUUUGUGCAGGCUAAGGUCAGAUCAGACCUUAGUUCACAACUUGGAAAGAUUAGCCAACGCGUUGAUCCAAUAUGGCUUAAGGUUAAAAGAGGUGAUACCACGCUUAAACUCUGUGUUAAUGUUGUGCCAGAAAAGAAUUCAUUGCUGCAGAAAAGGUUCACUGUUAAGGCAGUUAAGGAUGACAGGCACAUUGCGGUUUUAGGGGACUUGACCUUAGAACAAUGCACGGAACUGCAGGAAAUGAGCAGGAGGGUGGUGGGUGUGAACUGCAGGGCAUUUAGCAAGAAGGAAGUGAAGUAUGACUGGAGGCUGAAAAUGGAAGCUUACCUGCCAGACCGAAACUCUAGCAUUAUUAGUUCCAUUUUGUUCCUGCCAAUGCAAGGUGAAUAUAGUGUCGAAGCCACGACAGCAAGGUGUAUGGCCUGGUUUUCAGCAGCAGUUUCUUCAGGGAUACCUCUUGUCUUUGUCAAUAUCCAAACUGAACAGACUGCAACUCCGGAGAGAACUCAGUGCGCAGGAAAAGAGUCACUUUGGGGUGCGCAGAAUCAUAAUGCAACAGUCCAAAUAAUCCAAGGCAUAAGACUAUGGUUUUUACCUGGAAUUGCAGAAGCCCUGCUUGAAAUGGCAGUAAAACCAGGAGAGGCGCGGUUUGGAAUAGACAUUAAACGAACUGAUGAGGGCUUUAUCUGUGUCUAUUCAGUGACAAAAGGUUCAGCAGCAGAUCGUGCAGGGGCUUGGCAGUUGUAUGAAGAGGCAAAUAAAAAUGGUCACUUGCUCAUAAUCUCUCGAUUGGGAGGCAAGAGCCUAUUGCCUUCAAGUGUGUGCUCUGCAGGCUUUAUACACUGUUGCGAUCACAAUGAAAUUAAGGAUACACUUGCCUCGGCCAUUGAGCAAAUAGACUCGAUCCAGAUACAUUUUAUGGCCUGGCCUGACCAAACUCUUACUAGCAACAACACUAAAUCAAUUGGUGUUGCAUCCCUCCUGCCUGCAAAGGGAUAUUGACAAAUUUGCAUUACAGUUAUUAGGCACAUAAACCACCUGUACUGGAAUCGAGUGGAAAGGAAUAAUGUAUGGAGUGUAGACUAGAAUUGAGAUUGAAUUUCGUUAGAUAGAUGAAUGCUUCUGAACAUUGUAACAUAUUACUCAGAAAUGAAAACUUAAAAACAAAAGUUACUUCCUUCUCCUUUAUUGUACAUUAGAAAUGG